AUGCGCGGGCCGGCGCGGCCGGGUCCGCGGGGCCGGGGCCGCCUCCCUGGGACCCGCGGCCUCAGGGCCCCGCCGCCGCCGCUGCUCCUCCUGUUCGCACUGCUGCCGCUGCUGCCCGCGCCGGGCGCCGCCUCCGCCCCGGCCCCGCGGUCUCCCGUGCUGUCGCCCGCGGCCGCGGGGCCCAGCGUAAGCCUCUACCUGAGCGAGGACGAGGUGCGCCGGCUCAUCGGUCUUGAUGCAGAACUUUAUUAUGUGAGAAAUGACCUUAUUAGUCACUAUGCUCUAUCCUUUAACCUGUUAGUACCCAGUGAGACAAAUUUCCUGCACUUCACUUGGCAUGCAAAGUCCAAGGUUGAAUAUAAGCUGGGAUUCCAAGUAGACAAUUUUGUGGCUAUGGACAUGCCCCAGGUCAACAUUUCUGCUCAGGGGGAAGUUCCACGUACUUUAUCAGUGUUUCGAGUCGAGCUUUCCUGUACUGGCAAAGUAGAUUCUGAGGUUAUGAUACUAAUGCAGCUCAACUUGACAGUAAAUUCUUCAAAAAACUUUACAGUCUUAAACUUCAAACGAAGGAAAAUGUGCUACAAAAAACUUGAAGAAGUAAAAACUUCAGCCUUGGACAAAAACUCUAGCAGAACUAUUUAUGAUCCUGUGCAUGCAGCUCCAACCACUUCUACACGUGUGUUUUAUAUCAGCGUGGGCGUUUGCUGUGCAGUGAUAUUUCUUGUAGCAAUAAUAUUAGCUGUUUUGCACCUUCACAGUAUGAAAAGAAUUGAACUGGAUGACAGUAUCAGUGCCAGCAGUAGUUCCCAAGGGCUGUCUCAGCCAUCUACCCAGACGACUCAGUAUCUGAGAGCCGACACACCCAACAAUGCAACUCCUAUCACCAGCUCCUCAGGUUAUCCUACCUUGCGGAUAGAGAAGAACGACCUGAGAAGUGUCACUCUUUUGGAGGCCAAAGCUAAGGUGAAGGAUAUAGCAAUAUCCAGGGAGAGGAUAACUUUAAAAGAUGUACUCCAAGAAGGUACUUUUGGGCGUAUUUUCCAUGGGAUUUUAGUAGAUGAAAAAGACCCAAAUAAAGAAAAGCAAGCAUUUGUAAAAACAGUUAAAGAUCAAGCUUCUGAAAUUCAGGUGACAAUGAUGCUCACUGAAAGUUGUAAGCUACGAGGUCUUCAUCACAGAAAUCUUCUUCCUAUUACGCAUGUGUGUAUAGAAGAAGGAGAAAAGCCCAUGGUGAUAUUGCCUUACAUGAAUUGGGGGAAUCUUAAAUUGUUUUUACGGCAGUGUAAAUUAGUAGAGGCCAAUAAUCCACAGGCAAUUUCUCAACAAGACCUGGUACACAUGGCUAUUCAGAUUGCCUGUGGAAUGAGCUAUCUGGCCAGACGGGAAGUUAUCCACAAAGACCUGGCUGCCAGGAACUGUGUCAUUGAUGACACACUCCAAGUUAAGAUCACAGACAAUGCCCUCUCCAGAGACUUGUUUCCCAUGGAUUAUCACUGUCUGGGGGACAACGAAAACAGGCCAGUUCGGUGGAUGGCUCUGGAAAGUCUGGUUAAUAAUGAGUUCUCCAGUGCUAGUGAUGUGUGGGCCUUCGGAGUGACACUGUGGGAGCUCAUGACUCUGGGCCAGACGCCCUAUGUGGACAUUGAUCCCUUUGAGAUGGCCGCAUACCUGAAAGAUGGUUAUCGAAUAGCCCAGCCAAUCAACUGUCCUGAUGAGCUAUUUGCUGUGAUGGCUUGUUGCUGGGCCUUAGAUCCAGAGGAGAGGCCCAAGUUCCAGCAGCUGGUACAGUGUCUCACGGAGUUCCACGCAGCCCUGGGGGCCUAUGUCUGACUCUCCUCUCACAGUCCCACGGCAUCAGGAGCAUGGUGCCUUUUGGGACUCCCUUGGAACCAGUCAUGGAUGCUUUGUACGUCAUGCACCACCAGCAGAAGCACAUAUGCCUUCCGGAACACUGUGCCUUAGGAAUGCUUUAGGAUCGGAACUUUUAAAGACAGUCUUAAUAAUGUGGAAUAUUUUCUAGAUAUCAUUUUUAUUAGGUUGAACUGAAAGGGUUUUUUAUAAAUUUUUUGGCCCCCAAUUUUUUAAAACAUAGUUACUUUGGACUAGGGGUACAUUCUUACAAUAUAAAUAAACAGUUUUUAAAAUUGUUUAAACACA